CAGAACUCGCGGCUGUGUACAGGAACACCCCAAGAGCCUCGAGAGCAUAACGAUGGCACGCAAACUGACCAUUCUGUACGGCAGCCAGUCGGGAACGGCGCAGGAUCUGGCCGAGCAGAUAUGGCGCGAGUCGAAGAUGUACCACUUCCGCGGUAACGUCCUGCCGAUGGACGAGUACGACGUGUCGGAACUGAUAGGCGAACGGUUUGUGGUGUGCGUGUGCUCUACCUACGGCCAGGGCGAAGAGCCCGAUAAUAUGAAGCGAUUCUGGAAGUUCCUGCUACGCAAAAGCCUCCCGACGGAUUCGCUCCGGGCGGUGCACUUUGGUGUGCUCGGUCUGGGCGACUCGCGCUACCCAAAGUUCAACUAUGUGGCCAAGAAGCUGCACAAACGCUUGCUUCAGCUCGGUGGCGGUGCCCUGUUGCCCGUCGGGCUGUGUGAUGAUCAGCACGACCUUGGGUACGGGGCCGUGUUUCUGCCGUGGAUAAACCAGCUGUGGGUCGAGCUGGGCAGGAUUGCCCCCCUGCCGGCCGGUCUACACAGGCUAAGCGAGAGCCCACGGGAGUACCGGUGGCAUGUGGUGACCGCGGAUCAUCACGCCGAUCGGAGCCAGGACAGCGGGUUCGAUCUGUACGCGGAGCUAAAAAUGCCCAACGGAUUUCGGACGGUGGUACGAGAAAAUCGGCGUACCACGGCACCAGACCACUUUCAGGAUGUGCGGUUGAUAGCAUUCGAAAAGAGCCCAUCCGUCAGUUGGUCACCGGGGGAUGUGCUCUACGUUCGGCCGCACAAUUCGCCGGAAGCCGUCGAUGGGUUGUUUGAAAUAUUCCACGAGCAUGGUAUCGCCUUGCACCGGGACACGAGCGUCGAGGUGAAAGCGAUCGAUUCAGAAAUGCCGGUUCCUUGCAUUCUACAGAAACCUCUUCCGCUGUCGAUCAUUGCUGAACAGUACUGGGACUUGACGGCCAUACCGCGCGCAAGAGCCUUCACCGUUUUGGCGAAAAAAUGCGACAACGAGCUCGAAAGGGAAAAACUUCUCGAGUUUGCCAGUAUCGAAGGACAGGAGGAACUAUUUUCCUACGCCAAUCGACCCCGACGGACGAUUCUGGAGGUGCUACAAGACUUCCCACAUGCCACGAAAUGCCUCUCGCUUGAAGCGAUGUUUGAGCUGUUCCAACCGAUCAAACCGAGAGCGUUUUCGAUUGCCUCAGCCGCGGCCAGCAACACAAUUCAGAUCCUGGUUGCAAUUAUCGAGUACAAAACGAAGCUUAGCGUGCCCCGUCGAGGUUUGUGUUCGCACUGGUUAAAGCAACUGAAGCCGGGCGAUGUAAUCGGGGCCUGGGUUCGUAAAAGCACAUUCCAGCUUCCCGCGGACAAGAAAACACCUCUCGUUAUGAUUGGGCCCGGAACCGGACUGGCGCCGUUUCUCGGUGUGCUGCAGGAACGUGAGCUUUCGGAAACGCCGACCGCUGGCCCAUUGGUACUGUUCUUCGGGUGUCGCAGUUCCAGCGCCGAUUUUCACUGCGAAGCCGAUCUCAAACGGAUGGAACAGAACGGUAUGCUGAAGCUGUUUUGUGCUUUUUCCCGAGAUCAACCGGACAAAGUUUACGUGCAACACCUAAUUCGAAGGGAAGGAGUGAUCCUGAAAAAGCUGCUAGUAAAACACGGCGGUUGGGUGCUCGUUUCGGGAAGUUCGAAAAAUAUGCCAGAAGCCGUAAAGGAAGCGCUAGCCGAAGCGAUCGGUGACGCGGGCUACAUAGAGGAGAUGAUCAAAACCAAUCGCUACCAGGAGGAAACUUGGGCCUAG